UGACUGGGCCUCCCCCCCAGAGCGGAGAUGGAUUUCGAUCUGUACGCCCUCGCUGGAGUCAAGAAGGUGGAUCUGCUCGAGGACGAGAAGAAGUCGCCCCGGAGUAGCGAGACUAGCGAGUGCUCUGGCCGAGUGGUCGUGGAGCUUGUGCCGGGAUCAAACAACACGGUAAGAGUCGAGCUCAAGAGCCAGCCGGCGGCGUCCGCCUGAGCAUGCUUCACAAUCGUGCAUGUUGCCCCCCCCCGCUGUCAAAUACGUCGCGCUCCGCUACACAGGAGUGCCGGGGUGCGAGUUCAACGUUAGAGGAGUCAGGGCAUGUGGAAUCAUCGUUUGGCUGAGGUUGACGCAUGUGGAAGACCGUACUUGCCGUCUUGGAGUCGGGGCUCGGUCUCCUCGAGUCUGCUAGGACGGCGCUGCGCCAGGGCGCGAAGGAAGAGAGAUACGUGUGUUUCAUCAUUUUCACAACGCACGGAAAAAUA